AGCAGAUGAAUACGACAUCCAAUCGAGACAAGAACACAUCCUUCAAAAUCAUCAACACAUCACAUCUCUGUCUGUCAUCUUCCUUACAUGGUCCUCUGUAUCCUUAGUCCUUACCCUUUCACAACAAUAAUUUUUGCUUCCAAAUUCACAGUUUCAGGAAUACCCUCUUCAUUUCUCUUCUUCUUUUUUAUCUCAAUCCCUUCAAAUUCUAAGAUUUUGAGCCUUUUCCCCCAAUUGGGUUUUGAAAAACUAAAUCAGAUUUUGAUUAUUUCUACUAAGUCAUGAACUUUCGGAGCUUGGAAGAUUUCUGGGUUUUUUAUGUCAGCCAGCAUUCAAAACCAUCCACAAGAAAUUGGCACUUUGUGGGCACGAUCUUGAGUAUUUUCUCAUUGCUCUGUUCAGUUUUGUUCAGCUGGUGGCUCUUGUUCUUUGUGCCUUUAUCUGGGUAUGGUUGUGCCUGGUAUAGUCAUUUCUUUGUUGAAGGGAAUGUUCCUGCCACUUUUGGGCACCCCUUUUGGUCACUCAUUUGUGAUUACAAGAUGUUUGGUUUAAUGCUCACCGGACAAAUGGAUAGAGAGAUCAAGAGGCUUGGGAAACGACCUGUGUUGCAAGUAUUCUGAUUUCCAUGUUAGCUUGAUCCAUGUUGUUUGGAUCUAUUUGAAUGUCUCUGAGUGCCUUUCCUUGAUGCUGAAGUAUGCUCUUCUGUCACCAAAGAAACUUGAAGUAUUUUCUUUUUGAUAUAGUUUCAUAAUAGCCUCGAAAGGCGUAAAGAACCCUCAUUUUGAACUGUCUGGCAGAAGACAAGCAAUGUGUGUAUAUAUACUUAGUAUUGAAACUACUACAUCUAAUUAGAUAAAACAACUAAUAGAGCUACUGAGUUGUCAUUUGGUCAUCUAUAAAGUAGAUUUGUUGGCUUUAAAUAUUGGAAAAUGUUAGCAACA